UUCGCCGCCCUCUUCCACUCCUUCGACGGUCGGGCACCCAAGCCCGACUUGACGCGGCGGCCAGUUUCCCCCAAGAGCAUCCUUCGUUACUUACUUCACCCUCGUCUUCGCGUUACUGAAGAAACAGUCAUCGUCGUCAAAGGGACAAUCAUCAUGGAGAUUGAGGUUGUUGCAGCCAGCUCGAACAAACAAGUCGCCAAGCUUCAUGGGCUCAAUCAAAGCACAACAAUCUUGGAUGUCAAAAAACAGGUGCACCGUCUGAAGCCAAAGCUUUACCCUGAGAGGCAGUCAAUCAAGACUGACCAAAAGUCGAAAGCACUGAAAGAUGAGAGCACUCUUGGAGACCUCAGGCUUCAGUCUGGCGACCGGCUGUACCUCAAGGACCUGGGGCCACAGAUUGGUUGGAAGACGGUAUUCAUGGUGGAGUACUUUGGACCCUUGGCCCUGUACCUCAUCACUGUCUCCAGGCCAGCGUGGUUAUAUGGGCAGUACGCAUCACGCCACCAAGUGGACGUUGCAGUCAAGGUGGCAGCCGCCUGCUGGACAAUCCACUAUGUCAAGCGGCUACUGGAGACUCUCUUUGUGCAUCGCUUCUCUCACGGCACCAUGCCCAUCAUGAACCUGUUUAAGAACUGCUCUUACUACUGGCUCUUUGGGCUGUACAUUGGCUACUACGUCAACCACCCCCUGUACACCCCACCAGCGCUCGGACCUGUGCAGGUCUACGGUGGUUUGGCUGCAUUUAUGUUCGCCGAGUUGGGCAACUUGAGCAUCCACAUUGCCCUGAGGAACCUCAGGCCCCCUGGCACCAAGGAGCGCCGCAUCCCAGUACCAACGGGUAACCCGUUUACCCUGCUGUUUGACUUUGUCUCCUGUCCCAACUACACAUACGAGGUCAUGGCCUGGCUUUCAUUCACAUUCAUGACCCAGUGCUUGCCAGCUGGACUGUUCACUCUGGCCGGCUUCUACCAAAUGACAAUCUGGGCUCUGGGCAAGCACCGCCAGUACAAGGGAGAGUUCCCCAACUAUCCGCGGCAGCGCAAGGCCAUCGUACCUUUCCUAAUCUGAGCGGACUCGCAUCAUGCAUUUUUCUUUGUCCAUUGUGUGUCUUCUGUUCCGUGGGUUCUUUGUGUUCUUCCAUUUUUCUCCCUGGUGGUCUUUGUAUGUCUGUUUAGAGCACCCAUCUUGUUUAAUAUAAUGUGCCGUACACACUGUCUUGUCUCCCUGGCGUACGCUUUUCUACUCCGACAACAUUCCACUGUCCAAGUAUUCAGGACCAAGAAAUACUCCACCUAAAGUGGUACAGCUUUUGUUCCAGUACUUCUGUGGGAAUGUCAAUAAGUCUUUCUUCGUCCACAGAGCUCUAUGUUGUGUACUGGCGACUCCAAGCUUAAUUUUGGGUGUCUCCUGUUCUGUGGGCUCUUUGUUGUUCUUCCAGCUUUCUCCUUUGUGGUUGUCUUUGUCUGUCCAUUUUGAACACUCAUCUCGUUUAAUAUAAUGUACCCACCGUCUUGUCCCACACAACAUACUUUCCUACUCCAAGGAACAUUCCAAUGGCCAAGUAUUGAGGAUCAAGGAAUAGUCGACCUGAGUCGUACAGUUUCUGUUCUAGUACUUCUGUGGGAAUGUCAAUAAAAGUCUUUCUUCAUCCAUAAA